AUGUCGGUAGCAGCUAAACCGAAGCGUCUAGAUUUACAAGGUAUCCGUGGUCUCGCUAUUUUAUCAGUACUCGGAUUUCAUUUCUAUCCUGCACUGUUUCCCAAUGGAUACCUCGGAGUUGAUCAAUUCUUUGUCCUAUCCGGCUUCCUCAUGUGCAUGCUGCUGAAACGAGCUGAAAAUGAGCCAACUUGUACUCUAAUCACAUUAUUCUACUCGAAAAGGUUCAAGAGAAUCCUACCUCUCUACCUACUCAUCAUCCUGCUCUCCAUGAUCUCCCUCUACACAAUUUUCCCGGACACCUCUAUAGAAACGAACCAAAAAUCCGCGAUGCGUGCUCUGCUUUUUGUGUCGAAUGCUCCAAAAUCCGUGCAAGACGACUAUUUUACAAUGCUAGCCAGAGCAGUCGAUAUUUUCACUCACACUUGGUCGUUAUCAGUAGAGGUUCAGUUUUACUUUCUUGUACCAUUUAUAUUUCUAUUUGCUAUAAAACUUUCUGGUAAGCUCCAGCUGGCGUAUUAUGCCCUUACAGGACUUCUUUCAUAUGCAUUUUUCUUCUUCACCCCAAGUAAUACGUCAUUUAACAGCGUCUUUGCAAGAAUCUGGCAGUUUCUGAUUGGUAUGAUAGUGUUUCUUUUGAGCAGUCAUUCGAAAAAGAGCCCAGAAGCCGAAAAGAAUAUUGAAGAAUGUAAUAAACUAAUCGAAGAUGAGGAGAACAAUACACAAAAAGCUCAAAAGCCUUCCAUUUUGCAUUUAAUAUCAUAUUUCCCAUUGAUUAGUAUUAUUUUAAUCUGCAUUAUUCCGUAUCAAUUGAACACGGAUUUUGUCAGACCUCUGGUAACACUGGCUACUGGAGCCCUAAUGCUAAUCUCUGACAGUAAUUUAAUAUUAUCGAACAAAAUAUUAACAUACAUAGGAGAUAUCUCAUAUUCCCUAUAUCUCAUCCAUUGGCCUAUUUACGCCUAUUGGAAGCUUGCCUUCGAUGGGGACGUGAAUUUACUCAUCCUUUCAUUACUUUCUUCAAUAAUUCUUGCAAUAAUCGUCUUUGAAUUCUUCGAGAAGUGGUACCUGAAGCUUUCCUCUACUAGCAUUGGACUACUUAUUGUAUUCCUAUUCUUUCUAAACGUCAUCCUUAUCAAUAAAGAUGAAUUAAUUCCUGAUCGAGAAGAAAAUAAUAAUCACAAUUCUAGUAUGAAUACCGACGAUGCAAUCAUAAUGAAUCACCAAUGGAAUCUAAACGACCAGAAAAGUUUGUGGGUAUCCUAUUGCAAUUACGAGACUGCAGGUCCUUUGGAGUGGUGCAACCAUACGUCCCUUGAACCAUCAGGAAAGUACAAAAUCGCUGUAAUCGGUAAUAGUUGGGCAGCAAACCACGGGGCCCUUAUUCAUGAUGAAUGUGGUAGAAAGGCGAAUACGAUUCUUCAGGGAUCAGCUGGAACCUGUGAAGCGUUGUAUCCGACUCUUAUCGAAAACGCAGGAUGUCCUCAAUAUUUUGAAGAUUUUCAAAAAAGGAUUAACGCGGAAAAGCCGGACUAUCUAUUCAUCAUUUCAAGAUACAUAUCAGUUGGUAACCCUGGAAACAUCACAAACUUCGAGGAAGACCCAAUUUAUCAAACUAUGAAGAAGCAACUUCUAGGGCUGGUGGCAAGUACUCGGCUUAAAGUUUACAUUCUCGACGCAGUACCUAGACACGACACAUAUAAGACAAAACUUAUCGCGCGUUGGUUGAAGGAAGGUGUGAUUCCACUGGAAAUUGAUAAACGACUUGGCCAAUCCAAUGCUCAACUGAUCGACGGAUCCUCCUAUGAACUGGCACGUCGCAGAUACUCCCAGCUUGUGGCGGACUGUGAUGGCCGAUGUGUUCUUCUGGAUUAUAAGCCAGAUUUCUACAAUUCAAUCACCGAAUCGUACCGGAUAUUCGACGACAUGGGAUACUCCUACUUCACAUCAUCUCAACACUUGACACCACAUGGCUUGGAGCAUAUUAGGCAUGUCUGGAAGGAUGUUUGUGGAGCAUUGUAG